UGUCGUAAAUGAUCAUGUGGAGACAUCAUGGAUGCUUCUAAGUUUGCUGUCGAUUAUUAUACUUUUGGUGCUGUCUUCCGCUAGCUUGACAACAAUUGUUCAUGGUUUUUUUUUUUCCUCCGCUGUGGAGAAACAGGAAAUGUUGUCCUGAAAACAGACUCAGUCUCAGUUCGGUUGUUUGACCACAGCAGCUCCGUGUGUUGUGUGUGUGUGUGUGUGUGUGUGUGUGUGUGUGUGUGUGUGUGUGUGUGUGUGUGUGUGUGUGUGUGUGUGUGUGAGAGAGCCCGCUCUCUGUCUGCACCAUGUUCGUGUUGGUGGAGAUGGUCGACACUGUCAGGAUCUCUCCGUGGAACUUCCACAGACAACUCAACGAGGCCAUAGCUGAGGAGCUCAACAAGAAACUGGCCAACAAGGUGGUCUACAAUGUUGGUCUGUGCAUCUGCUUGUACGACAUCACUAAACUGGAGGACUCCUAUAUAUUCCCCGGAGACGGAGCCUCACACACUAAAGUUCAUUUCAGGUAUGUUGUUUUUCAUCCGUUUCUCGAUGAGAUCCUCGUCGGCAAGAUCAAGUACUGCAGCCAAGAGGGAGUUCAUGUGACGAUGGGCUUCUUUGAUGACAUCCUCAUUCCUCCAGAGUCACUUCAACAGCCUGCAAAAUUUGAUGAAGCAGAGCAAGUUUGGCUUUGGGAAUAUGAGACGGACGAGGGGGCCCAUGACCUCUACAUGGACCAAGGAGAGGAGAUCCGUUUUCGGGUGACAGAUGAAGUCUUUGUGGAUACGUCGCCAACGGGCCCAGCCACUGCAGCGACAGACGCACCGGCACAACCGGGACAGUCGACGGCGCCGCCCACAGAAGACAGUGGGGAGAAGAAAGAGGCACCGUACACUCUGAUUGGGACCAUCUGUGAGCCGGGCCUGGGGUUGCUGUCUUGGUGGAACAGUUAGCACUGCAAAGGACGAUAUUUGGAAGUUGCGAACAGAUCGACCAUCAUGACCAUUUGGACUGAUGAAGGACGGUCGGCUGGAGACACUGAACCCUGUUGUUUGGGUGCAGAAGUCAAGACAAAAGUCAAACCGCUUUCUGAACCAAGAUAGUGUCGGAGUAAAGUGACUGAUGGAAACUCUGUCACACUGAGACUGUGUUGUAAACACUGCCCUUAACAUACCAGCUUCAUGUUUAUAUGUAGAGUUUGCCAUGUAUUUAAUAACAGAAUGAUUGAUGGACAUUUCAUUUGGUAUAUUCCACAAGAUUUUGACCCCCAAUUGUCAUCACAUUUAAAACUGAGCUGAAAACUGAACAGCAAGGAUGGAUAAAUAUGAUCCCAGUGUAUGGACACUCUUUUGUGGUGAGAUAAAUGAGUGACUUCUGUUGAUAUAAACUGACUUCUGGAUCAGAUUUCUGAUACGUUUGUAUCAAGAUUCAAACAAAGGUAACGUUGUUUGGACCUACCUAAAUAUAUAGUUGAAUAUAAAAAAAUAUUUUUUUCAAUGAGAACCAAAUUUGUCAGACUUGAAGAUCCAGUGUGUUGGAUUUAGUGGCAUCUAGCGGUGUUGUUGCAGAUAGGAAAUCCAUCGCUUCACCCUACCUUUCCAAGCACCAGGGACAAUCUACAGUGGGCGCAAAAUGUGUGAACAGCCCUAUCUAGAGCCAGUGUUUGGUUUGUCUCUUCUUUCUCUUCUGUGCUACUGUAGAUAUGUGGCAGUUCAACAACGCGGACUCUAGGCGGGCGAUCCGUAGUGUCUGUAAAUAAAAAUGGUUCAUUCUGAGGUAACAAAAACCCAAAGAUUCAUAUUUUUUAUACUCUAAUGAAAACAUACCAUUUCUGCCAAAAGAGCCUCCUAAAUGUUACACACUGGACCUUUUUAAAAGAUGUAUUUUUUAUUUGAAUUUUUACCUCUACUGCAGAUUUUUGUGCACUCAUCUACAGAAUAUUUAACAGCCUUGUAAUUUUUUGUAUUUUUUUGUCUCUCAGUAAAAGGGUGUAUCAUCAGUGUGA